UGUUUUGCUAGGCUUUUCUCGGAGCGGACGACAGACGAACGGCUGCGAUGUUUUCAAAAGCAGCGAUGAACGUCACACAGCCGUAGGCUACGGUUAACGUACAAGAUUUAGAAAAUAAYUGUUAAAAUCGCGCAGCACUAAGUUAAAUCAGGACGCGAAUGAGUUGGUAGGAGCGUGUGACCCGGUUUGAAGGUGCAUGAUGAGCCGGCUGAGCUGUAGGCGUCUAAGCUAGUCAGGAGCCGCACCAUGGCCAAACCUGGGGGCGACCGAGAUGGAGCCAUGGUGGAUAAGCAGGCGGGGAAGAAGAGCAAAGACAAGCUGUCGCCUUUCACCAAAACUCCGAAGUUGGACCGGAGUGAACUGCUGGGAAAGGAGGGGAAAGCCAAGUCUUCCAUGAAGCGCAAGCUUUCCUUCACUACAAGUCCGCCCCGGACGGAGGAGCGGGACUCUGACACCGAUGACUCAGACCCAGGCCAGUCGAGUGAGACCUGGGGAGAGAGAUUAGUGCCCCCCUGCAGGAUAUACGCAGAUAAAGACGGACCAGAGAAGAAGAAGGUGAAGAAGGAAGCCGGCAGCAGAAGGUCCAAGUCCUCCAACCUGUUGUUCGGCUAUCCGCUGUCGGAGCGCAAGCAGAUGGCUCUCCUCAUGCAGAUGACGGCCAACAGUCCAGACUCGACGCCCAGCCAUCCAUCGCAGACGACGCCUGUGCAGAAGAAGGUCCCCAGCGGCGCCUCGUCUCGCCAGAAGGACAAAGUCAACAAGAGGAACGAGCGCGGGGAGACGCCGCUCCACAUGGCGGCGAUCCGCGGAGACGCCAAGCAGGUCAAGGAGCUCAUCAGCCUGGGAGCCGACGUCAACGUCAAAGACUUCGCAGGUUGGACUCCGCUCCACGAAGCCUGUAAUCUGGGUUACUACGACGUGGCGAAGGUCCUGAUAGCAGCAGGAGCAGAGGUGAACACGCAGGGUCUGGACGACGACACGCCGCUUCACGACGCCUCCAGCAGCGGCCACAAAGACAUUGUGAAACUCCUCCUCCGUCACGGCGGAAACGCUUUCCAGGCCAACAAGCGCGGCGAGCGUCCGGUGGACGUGGCCGACUCCCAGGAGCUGGAGCUGCUCCUGAAAGGCGAGGCGCCGCUGUCCGACCAGGACGACAGCUCCUCAGAAUCCGAAGACCCGCCGUCCGUCAACCCGUCCAGCGUGGACGACAACAUGGAGGACUCCGACACCGAAAAGGAGUCGGACGGCAAACCGGCCACCAAAGCAUCGUCGUCCGUGCCUGGCAUGGACGAGUACGAGUUUAAAGACGAGGAAGAGGAGGAGGAUCUGAGCAAGGCGCUGAACGAUAGGCACAUCCCCCGGAGGGAGCUGCGGCAGCGCGAGAAGGAGGACAAAGACAGGAACCACGUGGCGGGAAAGCAGAGCAACAAGGCCGACUCAAAGUCCAAGAAGCAGAAAAGCUCCCGCGUCCACUGCAGCUCCGACACGUCCAGCGACGAGAUGGAGAGCCUGUCGGACAAGAGGAACUCCCCGACCUGCUCGCAGAGCUCCGAGAGCCACAAAACGGAUGCCAGGUUGAAAAAGGACGGCGCCGAGCAAAAGGACAAGGGGAAGGUGAAGAAGAAGAGCAAAAGCCAGAACAAAAACAAGGAGAACGAAGAAGACGGGAAGGAGAACAGCAAGACUUUGGUUCUCUCUCUUGCACCGGUGUCUGAGAGCAAUGAGAAGGGGCGGGAGGAGGACUCCUUCAAGAUGUCCUUCAGUCCUAAAGACGACUCGUCCGUCCACCUCUUCCAUUUGUCCUCCAUCAAGUCUCCGAAGCAGAACCACAGCCUGACGGACAAGCAGUGUCCGCUGAAACAGGAAAACACCAAGGUGUCCAUUAGCGACGGCUCCUACAACCACUACUCUGAGGCGGACUUCUGCAGCGAAAGCUCCAGCGCCAAGGGCUGCAAGCACAGGGAGAAGAGCAAGCAUCAUCAGAAGGAGCCCAGCGUGGACGCAGACGACGGCCGCGUCAGCCCCUGCAAGGACGCCGUCACAGGGAACAGCGUGGACUGCGGCGAGGCAGCGGUGCUGCGGAAGACGGACCUGGAUGGGAAGGUGGUGAAGAAGCACAAGCUGAAACACAAGGAGAAGGACAAACACAGGCGGGAGUACGAAGCAGAGCGCAGCCGCCACAGACAGAAGGAGGCCAGGAAGGACGGCCACCGGAACUUGGAGUUCGACAGGGAGUUCUGGAAGGAGAACUUCUUCAAAAGCGACGAGGUGGAUGAGCCGCCGGCGGGGAAAAAGGACAGCGAGGACGCCGGCUCACUCCAGAAGACGGCGGCGGACUCCUCUCCGGUGAAGGAUGAGAGGAACUCGAAGGAGAAGCACUCCGGCGGCAAGGAGAAGAGGCAGAGAGAGGAGCGGGAGAAAGACAAGGUGAAGAAGGAGCGGAAAGAGGAGCGGACAAAGGAGGAGAGUCACGGAUCGGGCCGGAGUCCGGAGGAGUCGCUGCAGAACAGCGGCGUGAAAGAGGAAGCUGAGGAGAAACCCGUCGCGUCUGAGCAGGACCAGCUGGAGCCGUCCGAAAAAACGGCGCGAGACAAACCUGACAAGAGGCUUCCAGGAAAAGAAAAGGAUUCAGACAAAACAGAGAAGACGCAUCUGGACAAGGAGAAGAAGAUUAAACUGGAGCACUCAGACAAUUCAGUGGAGCGCUGGAAGGAAAAGGACAGAUCCGGAGCCGCCUCUUCGCUCUCACCUGGAGAUAAAAGCUACAGAGACAACGAGAAGUUAAAGUCUUUAUCCACCGCCAAGAAGCACGAAGACGGCAGGAAGAGUAAAGAUAAGCAGGAGAAACGGUCCGACAGGGAGUACGGAAGCGGAGAUCACAAAGAAAGAGACCGAGCAAACAGCGACCGACGAGGGAAACCUCCGGAGAAGACCGCAGAUCACCGCUUGAAAGAGAAGGACUGCGACCGGAAAAAGAAGGACAAGAUGAAAGACGGCGGCGUGUCGUCCAGCUCCAACCUGAAGCUGCUUCUGGAAGACAAGAGGAGCUAUCUGUCUGAGAGCAGCAAGGUCUCAUCCGCAAAGUCAAAAGACGAGGCGGCGGCGAAGACGCCCGAGAAGGAUCGGGACCGGCGAGACCGGGAGCGAGACUACGACAGAUACAAGGACAAAGAGCGACACAAAGAGCGCUCCCAGCAGGCCCGCCUCGGCAAAGCCAAGUCCUGCGAGGGAGACACAGAAAAGAGCAAACCGAAAACCCCGACGGCCACUCGGGACACCAAGCCAAAGGAGAAGCGGCUAGUGAACGACGACCUGAUGCAGACCAGCUUCGAGCGAAUGCUGAGCAUGAAGGACCAGGAGAUCGAGCUGUGGCAUCGGAAACAUCUGGAAAAGCUCAAGCAGAAGGAGCGGGAGAGGCUCAAGCAGCGGCCCCUGUGCGAUCCRGGGAAGUCCAAGCCCAAAGACAGGAAGCCAGAGAUCUGCCUGAACAAGGAGCUGACGCGCUCCAAAAGCUCGGAGACGUCCGACGUCCACGGCAGAGAGAAGAAAGACGCCAGCGGCAACCGGACGCUGUCUCUGGAUGGGAAGAGUGCUCCGUCCCUCAGCGCCAAGGUCAUAUCCGUGGUGGAAAACUGCCUGAGCAGGUCGCCGCAACCCGAGAGCGACCGCGGCGGCCUYAUGUCCCGCUCCGUGUCUCUGGUGUCCGUGGCGAGCUCCGAGGAGUCGUUCCAGGCCACGACGUUGACUCCCAGACACACGGAGUACGACUCRGACAUGAACCUGGAGACCUCCGACUCCCAGCAGGCGUUCCUCCAGUCUUCCCUCGUCAUCCAAGCCGCCAGGUCGCCAUCCGUCCACGACAGAGACUGCAGCAGUCUUCCAGACGCGCCUCAGUCGGGGAAGCACGAACCCCAGCACCUCCAGAGCGUCCUGGAGGAAGAACCCGGUCCGACUGCCGAGGGAGACGGCGCCGAGCGUCCGUCCAAGUGUGGCAUUACCGCAUUGGAGGAACCGAAGGCGAAGGAGAGCUCAGAACCUGAAGAGAACCUCAGCAGACAUCAGAACCCAAACCCGCCGGCGGAGACACUCGGAGAAAAGGAGGGAAGCACGGCGGGACAGUCGGCAACGCAAGAUCUUCCAAAUAGAAACCAGACACUUCCACAAGGCGACGCCUCUCAGGSGGAGCAGAAAAAUCCUCCUUCCCCGGAUCCUGCCGCAGCGAAAGACGUCACCAGUCCAACGGAAACGUCACAGGGGGAAAGUGUUGGCGGAGAAUCGGAUCAGCCGCUGACGCCCGGCGAGCCGCCGGCGCUCGCRGACGCAGCGACCUUCCAUCAGAGAGAGACGCCGCCGUCUUCCAGCACCGAGACCCAGCAGGCGUCCGACCUCCAACCGGAGAACCCUCCUCAGGAGAACAUGGCCGCCGGUUCCGACAACGCAACGCUGCCGGACGUGCCGCGCAGUCCUCCACCAGAACCCAGUUUGCACAUUCCCAGUUCUGCUCCAGCAGAAGAAGAAGAAGAAGAAGACGACGACGAGGCGUCCGCAGACGAUGCAGACAAAUCCCAGCCUUCCACUGAUGACGCCGGCGCUUGUCCUGAUGUCCAGAUGGAGGAGGCAGCGUCCUCCGUGACCCCUGACCCCAGAGAGGAGCCGAGCGACGCUCAUCAGGGCUCRGAGAGCAGCGCCGCAGCAGAGAGCUCUCCCCUGGACGGAAGCACGGCCGACACCAACAUGGAGACGCCGCCUGAGCCGAUGGACGCCACACCGGCGGACGAAAAGGCAGAGAUGUCGGCAGCUGAAGAGCAAAGCCCGAGGUCGGUCCAGUCGGCGCCGCAGACGGACAGCGGCAGCGCCUCGGGCAGYUGCUCGCCRCAGUCCGCCGACCGAGACUCCGCCGACCGAGACUCUGACUCCUCCGGAGCGAAGCUGAAAGUCCGGACGGCGGACGAAGACGCCGACGUCCACGUCCCGCACCCACGCAAGAGGAAGAUGCCGAGGCCGGCGGCGUCGCCGCUGAGCUCGGCCGCCCAGCAGGAGAGAGAGAGGUGCCAGCAGUCGCUGGCGGCUAUCGUGGACGCGGUGAAGUUGGAGGAGAUCGAGCCGUACCAGACGGAGCGGGCCAACCCGUACUACGAGUUCCUGCACAUCCGCAGGAAGAUCGAGGAGAAGCGCAAGGUGCUGUGCAACGUGACGCCGCAGCCGCCGCAGUACUACGACGAGUACGUGACGUUCAACGGGUCGUACCUGCUGGACGGGAACCCGCUCAGCAAGCUCUGCAUCCCCACCAUAACUCCGCCCCCUUCGCUUCCUGAGCCGCUGAAGGAAAUGUUCAAGCAGCAGGAAGUCGUCCGUAUGAAGCUGCGGCUGCAGCACAGCAUCGAGCGCGAGAAGCUGAUCGUCUCCAACGAGCAGGAAGUGCUGCGGGUCCACUACCGGGCCGCCAGAACACUAGCCAACCAGACGCUGCCGUUCAGCGCCUGCACCGUCCUGCUGGACGCCGAGGUGUACAACAUGCCUCAGGACAUCCAGAGCGACGACGGGAAAACAUCGGUGAGGGAUCGGUUCAACGCCCGGCAGUUCAUGUCCUGGCUGCAGGACGUCGACGACAAGUUCGACAAGCUCAAGACCUGCCUGCUGAUGCGGCAGCAGCACGAGGCGGCGGCGCUCAACGCCGUCCAGCGCCUCGAGUGGCAGCUGAAGCUGCAGGAACUGGACCCGGCCACCUACAAGUCCACCAGCAUCUUCGAAAUCCCCGAGUUCUACAUCCCGCUGGUGGAGGUCAACGACGACUUCGACCUGACCCCCAUAUGAGGCGUCGCCACMGCGACGCCGUGGAGCAGCACUUACAGCCGGGUUUUUGUUUUGUUUUUUUUUUUACCAGAACCGGGCCGUGAAGAUUUCAAAUGUUUUCAAAGUGUUCAUACGUUGUGUACAGACUGUGCUCUUAAUUUUUUUAACUUAUUUUAUACAUAAAAAAAAGAAAAUGUGCAUUUGUACAUAGUCAUGUAAUUAUUGUUUUAAACUGUAAAAAAAACAAAAAGUAAAAUAGAUAUUUUGAUUGUAAACUCGUUCCGUCUGAUGUUUUAAUGGACCAAAGUCGUUUUKUUUUUUUUUUUUAUCCGGUCUUCGUCUGUGAUGUUCUCGUCGUUCGUUGUUGUUGUUCUUUUCUUUCUUUUCCUACGUUUCCUCCUUCCUUCCACAUCUGGAGCUUUACGCCACAGCUGGUGUUUCCUCGACUUUGGCGGUUUUAAUGCUGUGCAUGCGUUGCGAUGUUCUUUAUCUUAAAGUACCGUGGACUUUAAAUUCGUGAGGUUUUAACUGAAGUGUUCCAGCUCUUUCUCUUGAGUCUUUUUGUUUUUAUUUCUUCUUUUCCACCCCAACAUCGUGUCUCUUUCUUCUGGCGGCCUCAGAGCGUCCUCCUGUGUCGUCCAUAUUGUGUCUCGCGCACAUCGAAGUCUGUUGUGGCUUCCAAGAAUAAAAAGAGAAAGAAAAAAAAAACACUUUUACAGUUUCGACGUGAGAUCACAAAAAAUCCUAUUUUUUCAGCAUAAUGCCUUUUGAACGAUAGUUCUAAAAAAAUGUCUAUUUUAAUAUUUACUUGUUACAUGACUUGUACAUAUUUGUAAUAUAUAAUUGAAUAAAUUUUAUUUGUUGUGAAAUUA